GGUGAGAGUUUUGGCCCGCAGAGUGCCAUGACCGCAGAGGCAUCAUUUUCUGUUCAAGAUGUCCUCGAGAACAGCAUUUACUACUUCCAAAGCGUCCACGAAAACAUCGAGCCGACGAGCGAUGUCUUCAGCUUUUACAUGAGCGACGGCUUCAGCCGGUCUGAGGUGCAGAGCAUGAACAUCACCAUUCAGCGGCAGAACGACGAGCCCCCAAAAAUGGUGCUGGAGCCCGUCCGGGUGCACGAGGGCUCCACUGUGGUGGUCACCAACGCCUCCCUCAGCCUGCAGGACCUGGAUACCCACAAUAGUGAGCUUGUCAUCGUGGUUACCAAAAGUCCUGACCAUGGUCAUCUCCGCAGGAGGCAGACCGCUGCGGAGCCCCCGGAGCACGGCCAUGUGCUGUCCACGGGCUCGUCCUUCACCUACCAGGACGUUUUGGACGAGCUGAUCGUUUACACUCAGAGCGGCGCGGCGGCACAGACAGAUGAGUUUGGCUUCUCCAUCACGGAUGGUCUCUACUCGCAGGCAGGGAGGCUGGAGUUUGCCAUGGAGCGGCCAAAGCAGCAGUCACCCACCUUAGCUGUCAACAGGGGCCUGCAGCUCAUCGCUGGCUCUGCAGCACGCCUCACAGAUCAGCACUUGAAAGCUGUUUAUUCAGACGACGCGGCGAUCAGAUUCAUCAUGAAGAGGGAUCCCAGCGUGGGCCGUCUGCAGUUGGCCAGAAUUGAUCAUCCAGCCCAGGUCUCUGUCAAAGGACCCGUCAAAAGCUUCACCCAGGCUGACAUAAAUAAAGGGCAAGUGGUGUACAGCCACAGGAAAGGGGAUCCCGGCGGAAAUUUCGCCUUCACCUUUGAUGUGAUCGAUGGCGACGGCAACAAACUGACGGACCAGUAUUUUCGUAUUCAUGUAUCAGAGGACAGAUUUCCCCCCUCCAUCGUCGCUAACAAGGGGCUGGUCCUGGAUGAGAACUCGGCAAAGACCAUCACAACCCUGCAGCUCUCUGCCACCGACCAGGACAGCGAGGUGCCCCAGCUCCAGUACAAGCUCACCAGGCAGCCACAGCUGGGACAUCUGGAGCAUGUGGCCUCCCCAGGGACCAGAAUCAGUUCUUUCAGCCAGGCAGACCUGGACUCCCGCAGCAUCCAGUACGUCCACACCAGUGACACUGAGAAGCACAGGGAUGCGUUCACCUUUUCUGUGUCUGAUGGAACGAACGAGGUGAGCCAGACGUUCGACAUCACCAUAAACCCAGUGGAUGACUCCUUGCCCGUAGUGCAGAGCCUUGGGAUGAGGGUUCAGGAAGGGGUGAGAAAAACCAUCACGGAGUUUGAGCUUAAAGCAAGAGACGACGACACAGAGGCUGAGGCAAUAACGUUCACAGUCGUGCAGCCCCCCCGGCACGGCCUGAUCGAACGCAGCAGCCACGGGCAGCGCUACCACCAAGCCAGCACCUUCACCAUGGACGACAUCUACCAGAACCGCAUCAGCUACAGCCACGAUGGUAGCAGCUCGCUGAAGGAUCGCUUCACUUUCACCGUGAGCGAUGGAACCAAUCCCUUCUUCGUUGUGGAGGAUGGGGGGAAGGAGGUUGUGACAGCAGCACCGCAGCAGUUCAAAGUGGACGUUCUCCCUGUGGACGAUGGGACACCCAGGGUCGUCACCAAUCUGGGUUUGCAGUGGCUGGAGUACAUCAAUGGCAAGGCAACCAAUCUCAUCACGAAGAAGGAAUUACUGACGACAGACCCCGACACAGAUGACAAACAGCUGAUCUACGAGAUAACAACCGGUCCCAGAAAUGGUUACGUGGAGAACAAGCUGAAACCUGGGACAACUGUGACCACCUUUACCCAGGAGGAUGUGAACCAGGGCCUCAUUCGCUACGUGAUGCAUGAGGAGAAGGUUCAAGAGACCACGGACAGCUUUCAGUUCCUGGUGAAGGACAGCAAACCCAAUGUGGUCAGCGGCAACAUCUUCCACGUCCGGUGGUCUCUCCUCAGCUUUACGGACACCAGCUACAACGUUAGAGAGAGCGCGGGCUCUGUGAGCAUCACCGUGAGGCGGCACGGCAACCUCAACCAGUACACGAUUGUCCUGUGCCGCACGGAGCAGGGAACGGCCACCUCCAGCUCCGCUUCCCUGCCAGGACAGCAGGACUACGUGGAGUACGCGGGGCAGGUGCAGUUUGAGGAGCGGGAGGACACCAAGGCCUGCACCAUCACCAUCAACGACGACGCCGUCUUUGAGAGCGCGGAGAGCUUCGCCGUGGAGCUCAGCAUGCCGGCCUACGCCCUGCUGGGGAACGUCACCCGCGCCACCGUCACCAUCGCCGACCCCGAGGACGAGCCCACCCUGCAGUUCGACAGGAAGACCUACCACGUCAGCGAGGACGCCAGGGUCCUCUCCGCUCCCGUGGAGAGGAAAGGGGACACCAGCAGCACCGUGUCCGCCAUCUGCUACACUGUCCCCAAAUCAGCCAGGGGAAGCAGCCUUUAUAUGCUGGAAUCCGGCUCCGACUUCAAGUCCCGGGGGAUGACGGAUGACAGCCGCGUUGUUUUUGGACCGGGCGCCACCACGGCGACGUGCGACGUGACGCUGAUCGAUGACAGCGAAUACGAAGAGGAAGAGGAGUUUGAGAUCGUGUUGGCCGAUGCCUCCCGGAACGCACGCAUCGGCAGCCGGGCUUCGGCCAGCGUCUUCAUCGGGGGCCCCAACGACGCCUCUACGGUGGCCCUGGGAAAUGCGACGUUCACGGUCAGCGAGGCUGCAGGAAACGUUGAAAUUCCAGUCCUCCGGCAGGGACCUGAUCUCUCAACCCCCAUCUCGGUGUGGUGCGCCACUCGGACGUCAGACCCUCCAUCGGCCAGCCCUGGUAUCGAUUACGUCCCCAGCUCCAAAAAAAUAGAGUUCAGGCCAGGCAAGACAGCAGAGUUCUGCACUCUGACCAUCCUGGACGAUGCUCAGUACCCGGUGAUAGAAGGACUGGAGACCUUUGUGGUUUACCUCAGCUCACCCCACGGAGCUGAGCUGACAAAGCCCUUCCAAGCCAUCGUGGCCAUUAAUGACAUCUUCCAAGAUGUGCCUAGCAUGCAGUUCACCAAGGACACGUACACGGUGAAGGAGAAGGAAGGUGCUCUGCACAUCCCCAUCUUCCGCACCGGGGACCUGAGCUACGAGUCCUCGGUCAGGUGCUACACAAGGAGCCAGACAGCAGAGGUCAUGGAGGACUUUGCAGAGAGGAGAAACGCAGAGGAGUCCCGCAUCACCUUCUUAAAAGGGGAGAAGGUGAAGAACUGCAGUGUUUAUAUCAGCGAUGAUUCUGCCUUUGAAGCAGAAGAGCAGUUCCAGGUCUAUCUUGGUAGCCCACUUGGAAACCAUUGGAGCGGAGCUCGGAUUGGGAAGCUGGACGUGGCCACCAUCACCAUCACCAACGACGAAGAUGCUCCCACCAUUGAGUUUGAAGAAGCUGCGUACCAAGUGCGGGAGCCGCCUGGCCCGGAGGGCAUCGCUGUUUUAAAUAUCAAGGUGGUGCGGAGAGGGGAUCAGAACAGGACCUCCAAGGUCCGCUGCAGCACCCGCGAUGGCUCGGCUCAGGCCGGAGUCGAUUACUACCCCAAGAGUCGGAUGCUCAAGUUCAGCCCAGGCGUGAACCACAUCAUGUUUAAAGUGGAGAUCAUGUCCAACGAGGACCGGGAGUGGCACGAGUCCUUCUCCCUGGUGCUGGGCCCCGAUGACCCGGUGGAAGCUGUUCUUGGAGACACCAGCACGGCAACAGUGACCAUUUUGGAUCAGGAGGCAGCAGGGAGCCUGAUUCUCCCAGCACCUCCCGUGGUCGUCACCCUGGCAGAUUACGACCGCGUGGAAGAAGUGACCAAGGCCGGUGCUAAGAAAUCCCCUUCCCCAGGUUACCCGCUCAUCUGCGUCACUCCCUGCGACCCUCACUUCCCCAAACACGCGGUCAUGAAGGAGCGCUGCAGCGAGGCGGGGAUCAACCAGUCCUCCAUACACUUCAGCUGGGAAGUGGCAACGCCCACGGAUGGGAACGGGGCCAGGUCUCCUUUUGAGACCAUCACCGACAAAACGCCGUUCACUAGCGUCAACCAUAAGGUGCUGGACAGCAUUUACUUCAGCCGGCGGUUCCACGUGCGCUGCGUGGCCAAGGCGGUGGACAAGGCCGGCCACGUGGGGACCCCCCUGAGGAGCAACGUGGUCACCAUAGGCACUGACAGCGCCAUUUGUCACACCCCGGUGGUGGCGGGGACGGCCCGGGGCUUCCAGGCGCAGUCGUUCAUCGCCACUCUGAAGUACCUGGAUGUCAAGCACAAGGAGCAUCCCAACAGAAUCCACAUCUCAGUGCAGAUCCCCCACCAGGAUGGCAUGCUGCCCCUCAUCUCCACCCUGCCGCUGCACAACCUGCAUUUCCUCCUCUCCGAGUCCAUCUACAGGCACCAGCACGUCUGCUCCAACCUGGUCACCAUCGGAGACCUCAGGGGCAUCUCAGAGGCAGGGUUUCUGGAUGAGGUGACCUACGACAGCAUCGUUCUGGGUCCCGGCUACGACCGCCCGUACCAGUUCGACCCUGCAGUGAGAGAGCCAAAAACAAUCCAGCUCUACAAGCACCUCAACCUCAAGAGCUGCAUUUGGACCUUCGACGCCUAUUACGACAUGACCGAGUUAAUCGAUGUCUGCGGAGGCUCUGUCACCGCUGACUUCCAGGUCCGGGACUCUGCCCAGUCCUUCCUGACAGUCCACGUCCCACUCUACGUCUCCUAUAUUUACGUGACGGCGCCGAGAGGUUGGGCUUCUCUGGAGCAUCACACGGAGAUGGAGUUCUCCUUUUUCUACGACACUGUGCUCUGGAGGACGGGGAUUCAGACAGACAGCGUCCUCUCAGCCCGACUGCAGAUCAUCAGGAUCUACAUCCGUGAGGACGGGCGGCUGGUGAUCGAGUUCAAGACGCAGGCCAAGUUCCGAGGGCUUUUUGUCAUGGAGCACCACAGCCUGCCCGAUGUCAGAUCUUUCCUGAUGACUCCAGAGCACCUGGGAGGCAUCGAGUUUGACCUGCAGCUGCUGUGGAGCGCUCAGACUUUCGACUCGCCCUACCAGCUCUGGAGGGCCACCAGCUCCUACAACAGGAAGGACUACUCAGGAGAAUACAGCAUCUUCCUCAUCCCCUGCACCGUGCAGCCCACGCAGCCCUGGGUAGAGCCUGGAGACAAACCCCUGCCUUGCACGGCCCAUGCUCCGGAGCGCUUUCUGAUCCCGAUUGCCUUCCAGCAGACGAACCGCCCGGUCCCCGUCGUCUACUCCCUCAACACCGAGUUCCAGCUCUGCAACAACGAGAAGGUGUUUCUGAUGGACCCCACCAAAGCCGAGAUUUCCCUGGCAGAAAUGGAUUACAAAGGCGCUUUUUCCAAGGGGCAGAUCCUGUACGGCCGCGUGCUCUGGAACCCCGAGCAAAACCUCAACGCCGCGUACAAGCUGCAGCUGGAGAAGGUCUACCUGUGCACGGGCAGGGACGGCUACGUCCCUUUCUUCGACCCCACGGGCACCGUCUACAACGAGGGGCCCCAGUACGGCUGCAUCCAACCCAACAAGCACCUGAAGCACCGGUUUCUCCUCCUGGACCGAAACCAGCCCGAGGUGACAGAUAAGUAUUUCCACGAUGUGCCUUUCGACGCCCACUUCGCCUCCGAGCUCUCCGAGUUUCACUCAGUCAGCAGCAUGCCCGGCGUCGAUGGAUUUACCCUCAAGGUGGAUGCUCUCUACAAGGUGGAAGCCGGACACCAGUGGUACCUUCAGGUCAUCUACGUCAUCGGCCCCGACAACGAAGGCGACAAGCGGAAGAAUGGCACCAACAUGAAGUCGCUGUUUUUGGAGAGGGAGGAAGCCGCCGUCGCCGCCUCCUUAUCCCAAACCGGCGCUUCCCUGGGCAGCGCCUUCGCCGCCGCCGCCCUCCUCCUGCUGCUGUUUUCGGGGCUUUGCCUCCUGGCCAGGAAGUGCCGAAAGCUGCGGAGGAAGCGGGAGGCCAGCAGCGCCGCCCCGGAGGAGCAUCCCCUCAACACCAAGGUGGAGCUGCCGCGGGGCGCCCCGAGGGGCGCGGACAGCCGGUACUGCACCGUCAGGAACGUCAACGUUUUGGGGGGGAUGGGGGACGCCGACCGGGGCAAGGGCUGGAAAGUGAAGCAGGUGAACUUGGAAGUCAAAGUCCGCAACGAUUUGCACGACGGGACGGAGGUUUGA